AUGAUACAAAUAGUCUCGGCGAGUUGAUGCGCCAUGAGAAUUCUGGUGAUAAUGAAGUGCGCCGAUUUGUUGUUGAUAUGCUGAUAACGCAUCUUCUGAAUACGAGACAGUUGCAGCUGUUGAAAUCACUUUUGGAUGGAGUGCUAAAGAACGCUACAGCCGGAAAGGCAUAUCCAUAUCAUGAAGUUAAGAAUAUCAUACUGGACAGCUCAGUGUACAGCAAAAGCCUGAUCCCAGCUUGCACCCUCCUGCGUGUCCUCUUCUCCCCAACAUCAAAAGCGGGCAGUAACUACCAGUACCAGAAGGCAGUUCAGAUAAUCAGAGCUGCUAUUAUUUCGGGCAGUGUGAAAAAAGUCAAAGUUAUGUGUGAAAUUUGGUCCAAAGACGAGCGAGUGAUUCUUCGGAAAGCUGACAAAGAUGAUCUCUGCCAAAUUUUGGAUCGGAAUAAUGAGCAGAUGAAGAAAACAUUCACUGAUACUGAUGAGAAGCCUGCGACAAAGCCAAACACUACAAAUGUGAAAAAUGUUGGCGGGGAGUUGCAGCGUGCGCUCAGCAGUGGCGAUCUGGAAAAAGCAAAACAGAUCUGGCUCACCGGAUCCGAGCAUAUAUUGGCAGCACUCGGCCUAGUGCUAGCUGAGAAAUUGUAUUUCGCAAAAAUGGUGGAUGAUUUCCGAAGUACUGUACUGAAACUCAAGCAGCUUCACGGAGAUCUCUCGUAUCAUGCGAUGAUUGCCGUUUGUUUUUUUUUUUUUCCACCUGAUUUUCUAUGGAAACGCACCGGCGUAUUCAGGAAGAGCCUUGGGAGAAGGAGAUGAUU